AUGCUUCAACUCUCCCCACCAGAAGCCAUGGGGGAAGACCUUGAAUUCCCAGGCUGGCAGGUGACGGACACAGAUCUCCAUGUUUCCUUAUCAGAUGGACUCAUACCGUACAUCCCACCACUGUCCGCCCCAAUAUCCGAGAUUCCACAUGCAGCUAUUACGCCGCAAAGUAGAUCGCUCUCCCUCUUGCAUUCAAAGCCCUGGUUCCUCGAAGAUCAGACCUGGAUCAAGCAACACAAAAACGAAGAUCCAGCCUGCAAGACAUUCGCCUCCUUAGAACCGUUCCUCAACGACGUCCGCAAUAUGCUCGACUCAUGGAUCCAAAACGGCCACAGUAGCAUUAUCCAUCGCCGUCUCUAUGAAUCUGGCAUGCCGAGAUGUCUCCAAGAUGCAUAUACAACGGUUGCAUCGUACAAUAGCCGAACCGCAGCCAUGACACCCACGAUCCUCCAGAUCGCCGACGAGCGCGCCACCACCCUCAUCCAGCAAGGCCUGCCCACAGAACGCGGAUCAAAAGGACUGCAACUGCAUCUCGCCUGCGUCCAAGCUCUAUUCUUCUACCAAUUAAUCCGCUUAUUCGACGGCUCCAUCCUCCACCGCGCCUCCGCCGAGAGACAGAUCUCCACACUACGGCAGUGGGUGACAUGGAUGUGCGAAGUAGCUAAAAUACACCAGCAAGAAGACCUUGACCUGAAUACAGACCCGUUUGGUUGGACGAGCCCGUUCGACCGCGAAUACAAUGCCGCCACGAAGCUGUGGCGGCUGUGGAUACUGACGGAGAGUAUUCGGCGCACACAAGUGGUCGUCGAUACAGUGCUGAAUCUCUACCAGCUUAUGGUGCACGGGUGGUCUGACUGUUCGGGGGCGGUCAUGGUGACGGCGCGCCGGGGACUGUGGGAGGCUGACUCGGCUAUCAAGUGGGUGAACUUGUCUCGGGCGGACACGCCUUUGCUGGUGCCGUCUAUGCAGCCGGGACACUACUUGUCUGAGUACCCUGCUGCGGAGUUUGAUGGGUUUGUGCAUAUGCUGUGGAGGUUUAUUGCGGGGCCGGAUAAGAUUCAGCACUGGGUUGAGAAGAGUGGGGCGGUGCCUGUAUCAUAG